UGAUCCGCGUCCCGCCUCUCUCACGCUCUGCGCACUCGUUUCCCAAAAAAAAGUGUUCCUGUGGUUCGGCUCGACUGGGCGCAAAAAGUGCGACGCUUCUUGUUUUCUUCGGAAUUUUUCGGCUUUGCGGUUUCCAUUUCGAGCGAAAAAUAGUCUACGGUUCCAUCCGUACCCCUUCAUCUUGGUAAACAAAGGAAAGCAGCGUGCAUCAACAAAAACGAGAGUGGUGCUCUGCCCUCGUCGCUUUCUUCGGAGAGAGGUUGACUUGGAAGUUGUGGGGCGCCGGAUGUUGAAUUGAGCGGUUCAGGGCGCCUCCGGAGACUCGAGAUCGCGUUGGGAUAAUGAAAGAGUGGUCCGAUCUGCUGCAGGAAAUCAAAAACUUCACCGAAAACGACGACGAGAUGGAGUUUUGCGAGGACUUUGCCAAGCUGCAGAUGAUUUUCAAUCACACGAAUCAGUUUGUGAGGAAUUUUGAUAAGAUUGUGUUCCAUGGGGGGAAUGAGCCGUACAUAAUAGAGAUUGUGGCCCGGUUGGUGAAGUAUUUGAGGAUUCGCCGGUAUCUGAAUGAGGACAAUAAGCCGAUCCGGGAGUGCAGGGAGCAGCUGAGGAAGAUUACGCUUUUUAUGGUGCUGAAUACGGAUGUGAGCUUCAAGUACGAUUUGGCCAAGGAUACGAAGCUUUGCCAUUUAUUGAACACGAUCCCGCAGCUGACCAAGUGUCUGCUGAUCAAUUGCAUUUGGGGGGCGAGUCUGGAUGAGUUCUUCUACGAGGUUUUGUCCUACACUCCGCAAUGGUUCAUGAUGCAAUUUGUGGACCAGGCCGUGACCAGUUUGAAGUUCUCGAAGCCAUACGAGAUUCUGAAUCGGGUGGAAGCGAUGGUCAAGGCGAUCUAUUUCAGCAUCUGCCGGACGGAUAACGAUUGGAAGAAGAUCGAUCGAAAUCGGUUUGUGGAGCAGCAGCGAACGCUGGCCAAAUUGUUCGACUUCCUGAUGGAAUUGCUCCGGUAUUUCAACACUCCGGACAUGAGCAAAUUCGAGCGAUGGUCCAAGCUGAGUAUGCACCGUUAUCACGGAUUUGCUCUAAGGCACAUGUUUGGAAUUGUUCUGUACUGCUUAGAUCUUUAUCUGAACAAGAGUUUGUUCAAAGUGGACGAAAAGAUGGGAAUCUACCAAAUCAUGGGCGAGGAACACGUCCCGAAGAAGGAGAUUCCGGAGCAGUACUCCCACGGAACAGAUAGCUAUCUGAUGAAGAUUAACAACUGUCUCCUGAAUACGCUGCAAACCUGCGUGAUGGAAGUUACCAUCGAUGGCUUUAUGUACUGGGUGGAGAUCGAAAUAAGCGUCGGAGACAAUGGGGAGAAGGUUUCCCUGCAGCAGUUUAUCGGCGAGUCCGCUUUCAAGCUGUGCGAACUGCUCAAAGACAACAAAAUCCUGCAGCACAACGUCCUGAAGCAGCUGCCGGCCAUCUCGCUGCGACCGAAAUCGCAAGCCGAAAAAGCCAUGGAACUGCCGAUGCGGGAGCUGAUGGAGAAGCUGGAAACCUGCCGGGAAGUGUUCGAACGGAAACUGUUCUUCAACGAAUUCCUCCGCCGGGGAGCUCAGGUAUUCGGCAACAGCGAGUGCUUGGAACUCAUCGAACAGAACAUGGACCUUAUCUCCGGUGACAACGUACGCAAGUUGAUCGAAUACGACAAUCGAACCCUGGAGGAAGACGAAAUGGAAUCGGACGAACCAUCAGAAGAGGCCAUAAAACUGCGCGAACUGAUCCUCAAAUCCAUCGACUAUCUACUGCUGGAGGAAGCCAACUCGCUAAUCAAGUUCAUGAUCGCCACCUAUGGCCUCGAAUACGAUCGCUACCGAACGCCCACCAUAGUCGAAGAAAUCAUCGAAUACACCAAUCGCUUCAACUCCACUUCCCUCCAGCUUGGCGCCACCGACGAAUCGGACAUCCCCUUCCGGCUCAUCUUCCAGUGUCCGUCGCUCUUCUACCAGCGCCUAACCCGCUCCCUGUACGACUCCAGCUUCAACAACGCCAACUACAUCUACGCCAUCACCCAGGUCAUCGCCAAAACCAAAUCCCUGGCGGUGCCCUAUCUGAGUGCCCAGGUCCGUUCCCUCCUCUCGGACCAGUUCGAAAUCACCAAAUCCAACUCCCUUUCCGUGUUCGUCUUGAAACUCUACGAACUGGACCUCUUCGAGCGGAAUCACUUCCUCCAGGGCUACCUGUUGCAAGGGGCCGACGAAGCUUUCCGCAAGUCCAAUUUUGUGGCCUUGACCGAGGUGCUCGGCCUUCUCCACCUCGUAGUGGACAAGAAUCUCAACGUGUUCAAACUGGACAGUUUGAAGCAGGUCACCCUGAAGCUGGCGGAAAUAUCCGAAAAGCUGCGCUACGACGUUACCAAGCUAGAACUGGCCCAUCCGCAGGGCAUCGAGCGCGUCGUGCUGCUCGAGAAGAUUCUGAAGAUUAUAGCGGGGCCGGUGCGGACGCUGCGGGCGCUCAAGGAGGAAUCCAAACGCCGUUUCCGGGAGCUGACGGAGGGCUUCGCCCCCAUCACCAAGUUCUACUUCCAUCGGGUGUGGAUCAACUACGCGGCCGGACAGUCUCCACAGGAGUUCGGUAAGUUCCUGCAUCAGGGCGCCAUCAACGAAAGUUCCACCCAAACGCAGGUCCGGCUGUUCCUUUCCAAGACGCUGGUGCAGUGCACGGCCGGGGAAGCGGAACGGCUGGCGCGGGAUCCGGUGCUAUUGCCACACUUCAACGACUCGGUGCUGAUCAUUCUGGUGCUGCUGGUGGAGAACGCGAACCACUACGAGUGUCUCAAGAGCUGCCUGACGAACUAUCUGCAUGUGGUACAGAAACACAUUCUCCCGCCCCUUCUCACCCCGGAGGCCAACCCUGCGGACCGCGCCGCCCUCGUCCGAUUCCUGAACAAACUGAUCGCCAAACUGCCCGGCAUCACGCGGGACCGCCUGCUCGCGGCCAUGACCUUUGGCCUGUCGGCGGUCAUUCAACGUCUGCGCACCGUAGACGCCUCGUUGGACCUCAGCGAUAUCGAGAAAGUAUUAAACCUGGACCAGCUGCAGUCCUCCUCGGCGGCAGCCGUCACUUCCAAGCUUCGCCAUCAGCACCUGAACCGCAGCAAUUCGUCGUCACCGUCGUCGUCGUCGUCUUCUUCGUCUACAACCGUAGAUUCGGUGACGGCUUCACCACCUCCUCCAGUUGCAGAAUCAACGCAGCUCAACGGAAGUAAAGAGGAAUCAUCCGCUAUGGUGACGGAAUAGUACGGGUUAAUUCGCGAUGGGCGGGACGGGAUUUCGAAGGUAAGAUAACAUUGAAUUUUUGUGGUGACUUCUGACCGGAUACAAGUGCGCGCAAGAUCCACUCAACACUGAAAUACGGGAUAAACUAUAGCACAAGUGAUUGUUUUUUAUUCGCUUCGAAAUGGGAUGUCGAGGUAGAGAUAGUUACUAUUUAUGUUCUACUUCUUUCGGUUUAAAUUGAAAUUAGACUCUGAAGAAGUUCUUGUAUUCAAAUACACCGAUUUUGCCGUAUAUUCCUUUUUUGCAAAUGCUUGCAAUUCAAUUCAAUGAAGAUUACUGGAAGCUACUGCAAUGCUUUUCGAUAAUAAACCAUACGGAAAACUGUAAGUA